AUGAUCAGCCGCAACUUUAAGAACGUGUUGGUGGUCUCCAUUGGGUUUCUCUCUCUGUUCACGGCUUAUGGAGGCCUGCAGAGUUUACAGAGCAGUCUAAAUGCAGAGCAGGGGAUGGGUGUUGCAUCCCUGAGCGUCAUCUACGCCUCCAUCAUCAUCUCCUCCAUGUUUCUGCCCCCCAUCAUGAUCAAAAAUCUGGGCUGUAAAUGGACCAUCGUUGCCGGCAUGGCCUGUUAUGUGUCAUACUCAUUCGGAAAUCUCUACCCUGGAUGGUACACUCUUAUGCCAACCUCAGUCAUCCUGGGUUUGGGCGGUUCUCCUCUGUGGUCGGCUAAAUGCACCUACCUGACCAUCUCUGGGAAUUUGCGAGCUGCUAAGGAGAACAAGAAGGGUUCAGAUAUAAUCAACCACUACUUUGGGAUCUUCUUCUUCAUCUUCCAGUCAUCAGCAGUUUGGGGAAACCUGAUGUCGUCGCUCAUCUUUGGGCAGGACACCACUAUCUCUGACAUCCCAGAGGAAAUCCUAGAAACCUGCGGAGCAGCUGACUGUGGCCUCACUAUUGCUGUCAACAGCACCAGCAAGAGACCAGAACAGAAACUUGUGUGGACGCUUGUUGGGUGCUACAUUGGUGUCGGGGUUCUGGCUAUGCUCAUUGUGGCAAUAUUUCUGGACAACAUUGACAAGCAGCAGGCCAGCGAGUUUCGGGAGAAAAAGGAGCCGCUUUGCAAAACCUUCCUGGCCACAUUCAGGCUGCUGAAGGACUGGAGGCUCCUGACGCUCAUCCCUCUCACCAUGUACAGCGGCUUUGAGCAGAGCUUCCUCUCUGGGGAAUACACCAAGAACUACGUGACGUGUGCUUUGGGGAUCCACUAUGUUGGCUUUGUGAUGAUGUGUUUCGGAGCGGCCAAUUCCCUCUGCUCCUUUCUGUUUGGGAGGAUCGCUCGGUACAUCGGGAGAGCUACGCUCUUCUUCUUUGCCGCUGCGGCCAACUUGUCCUGCAUCAUCGCUCUCCUGCUCUGGAGGCCUCACCCUGAUCAGCUGCCCGUCUUUUUUGUGUUUCCCGCCCUUUGGGGCAUGGCGGACGCCAUCUGGCAAACUCAGACUAACGCUCUUUACGGCGUCCUCUUCCCGAGGGAUAAGGAGGCCGCGUUCGCCAACUACCGCAUGUGGGAGUCGCUGGGUUUUGUCAUCGCCUUCGCCUACAGCACCUUUCUGUGCCUGGAGUACAAGCUAUACAUAGUGCUGGCUGUUCUGAUUGUUAGCAUGAUAACCUACCCCAUAGUGGAGUACAAUGAGUACAGGAAUCCCACUCAGCCAAUUGAACAGAUCACCUCUGAGAACCACAAGAAACCUGCAGAAGACGACAUCAUCAUCAUCCAAACUGGGAUGUAG